AAAGUUACUCAGCCAUCGGGUGGUGGGCUCCCUAUUAUUCUCCAGUCUCGAUUCUUAUCCAAAAAAGAGAUUCGUCUUCCUUCUAUCUCCAUCUCCCCUCCUCCCCCUCCUUUCAUUCCUGGUUUCUUUGAUCUUCCGGGUGUCGCCUUCUUCUCCUGUUGCUCUUAGGUGCCAGCGAUUCCUUUUUCACCUCCUCGACUACCCUGUCUCUCAUCGUGAUUCCUUUCCUCAUCUCUUCCCCUCCUCCACAUUCUUUCGCCCGAGUCCGACAUCAUGGUCAAAGACACCAAGUACUACGAGUGCCUGGGAGUUGAUCCCUCGGCUACUGAAGCCCAGCUGAAGAGCGCCUACAAGAAGGGUGCCCUGAAGUUCCACCCUGACAAGAACAAGAACAACCCCGAUGCCGCGGAGAAGUUCAAGGAGUUGUCGCACGCCUACGAGAUUCUUUCCGACCCCCAGAAGCGUCAAAUCUAUGACCAAUAUGGUGAGGAGGGUCUGGAAGGCGGCGGUGCCGGCGGUGGUAUGAACGCUGAGGAUCUGUUCUCCCAGUUCUUCGGCGGUGGCGGUGCGUUCGGCGGGAUGUUCGGCGGUGGCAUGCGCGACACCGGCCCCAAGAAGGCUCGCACCAUCCACCAUGUGCACAAGGUCAACCUGGAGGAUAUUUACCGCGGCAAGGUCUCCAAGCUCGCCCUCCAGAAGUCUGUCAUCUGUUCUGGCUGUGAGGGCCGCGGUGGCAAGGACGGCGCCGUCAAGGAGUGCACAGGCUGCAAUGGUAGCGGUAUGAAGACCAUGAUGCGCCAGAUGGGUCCUAUGAUCCAGCGCUUCCAGACUGUUUGCCCCGACUGCAAUGGCGAGGGUGAGAUCAUCCGCGAGAAGGACCGCUGCAAGAAGUGUAACGGCAAGAAGACCAUUGUGGAGCGCAAGGUGCUGCAUGUCCACGUCGACAAGGGUGUGCGCGACGGCCACAAGAUUGAGUUCCGCGGCGAGGGUGACCAGAUGCCCGGUGUCAUGCCCGGUGAUGUUGUCUUCGAGAUUGAGCAGAAGCCCCACGCCCGCUUCCAGCGCAAGAACGACGAUCUGUUCUACCAAGCCGAGAUCGACCUUCUGACCGCUCUUGCUGGCGGCACCAUUCACAUUGAGCACCUCGACGAGCGGUGGUUGACCGUCAACAUCGCCCCUGGCGAGGUUAUCGUUCCUGAUGCCAUCAAGGUCAUCCCCGGUCAGGGUAUGCCCUCCUUCCGCCACCACGACUUCGGCAACCUCUACAUCAAGUUCGACGUCAAGUUCCCCGAGAAGGACCAGCUGCAGAACCUCGAGCUCCUUGAGCAGGUUCUGCCCCCUCGCCCCCAGAAAAACCAGCCCCCGGCCGACGCGAUGGUCGAGGACUUCGAGCUCGAGGACAUUGAUGGCAACGAGAACUCGCAGGCCCGCGCCCACGGUGCCGCUGGCGCCAUGGACGAGGACGAUGACGACGUUCCCCCCGGCGCCGAGCGCGUGCAGUGCGCCUCGCAGUAAACGCGCGAUGGUCCAACACGAUCAGGCCGUGUGAAUGAUUCGGGGAAGCUGAAAAUCAAAAGCUCAAUUCUUUGGGCCGACUUGACGAAACUUCGCUUAUGAUACCAUGUGAAGGGGCACUGGCCGUCCCUCUCCAUCCUAGAUCGAUGAGAUAGAGAUGUGUCCGGAGCCGUGAUUUCUUUUUUUCUUUUUCUUUCGUAUCCCCUCAUGAUGUGGAUGGGACAAUAUAACCCACCACGCCAAUCCACCCUUUCUGCUUUGCAAUGGCGUUCGCUGUGAAGAGACUGGAAGAUCCGAUGGUUUUUUUUCCUUCGCACCGUUGUGUAUCUCCUAUUUUCGAUCUCGUAAUCUCCUUAUUCCUCGCACCAGGCCACAACAUGACCUUCGUCUCGUCUGCUCUGUUUCUCUUUCCUUUGUCCAUCUUCGAUAUCCUUCGGAUGUCAGCAGAAGGUGCGGAGCAGGCGCACUCAUACGGGUGGAGGGCAUGGUUUGGCCCGUGGCAGUGAUGGUGACUCAACACGAACCUGGAUGGGAGCACGAUUGCAGGCCAAAAAGCUUGCGUCGAAACAUGCGAAAGUGGCCAUGCUGGAUGUUUCUUUCGUCUUUCUUGUGCUUUUUCUCCUUCUCUUUUUCUUUCCUAGCAUGCACUGAUGACGACUCGGAAUAGACAUUGCGUUGAUUUGGCUUAAUGCAUUAUUCACGGCAUGAUUUUUGCUU